CGACCUGAUCGACGCGCCAAAUUCCUCGAACGCAACCGCAUCGCAGCGAGCAAGUGUCGCUCGAAAAAGAAGGAGUGGACGAAUAACCUCGAAGCAGCUGCUCGACAAGCCUCUCAGCAGUCUCGCGAGUUGCAUCAGAUUGUUGCUCGGUUGCGCGAUGAGCUGCUCGUGUACAAGACGGAACUCAUGCAGCAGCGUGGAUGCUCGUGUGGCGAGGUGGAUCGCAUCAUGCAACGAACGGGCGGCAAUGCAUCACAACAG